AUGGCGAGAGGUGGGAAUUGUGAAAGCGGGAUACCGUUCAUGAAGCCGGAAGACUUGCACGUGUGGCUCAUCUCUUUUGCGCUACUCAUGGUCCUGACUUCGAGCCUUUCUUUCGCCUCCGCUCAAUUCAGCCCAGCAGGUGACCCUCUUUGGAUCGAUUUCGCUAUCCUCGUGAUUUGGGGCAUUGUUUUCGCCGCGUGCGUCAUAAUGUGGUCUUUGGCGCGCUUGUUUAACAGCGAGAAGACGGAGUGGAAGCUACUCUACCUGUCUUUGUUCUCCGUCCUCGUGCCUCGGUCCUGCUUUCCGUUUCGUUUUGGCGAGUAUGUGAUGCACCAGAUGUGUCUAAUGGGAUUCAACUUCUUCAAUGACCAUGUCUGCUGGAAAACAAACGCCGUCUGCGGCCUCACACUGAUACUAAUGACUAUUUCCGAUUUUGCCUGGAAGAUACUGCCUCCUUUCGUUGCGUUGCUGAAGUUUUACGCAUUUGUUGUAACAGUGCUAGUUGGAAAUCUAGGCUAUCGCAUAGUGCAGGUAUUCUACAGGCAGCUGAGGGAGGCAAAGCGUCCAGUUCGGCCUUUUUAUGCGCUCACUGGUUCAAGUGCUGGCUAUCGAGACAAGUCGAUUAAGUUUGCUGAUUCCCGGAAGGCUGCCACGAACGAAGCGGUGCACUCCCUCCUUCCAUGCAUUUAUGAGCAUCAAAAUACUGGCCGUACCUGCGAACUCCUGCGUCCGCGGGAUCCCUUCUCCGCUAAGCAAAGACACUUGCGGCUCACUAGGAACAACCUGGGGGGAUCUUUGUCCAUGCGGGGUUUCUCACGAAGGAGUGUCAUGAUUCCUAAUGCGGCGGCAACUCGGCGCUAUUGGACCAAACUGGAUAACUGCCCCCCGCUCUACUUUCAGGCUGUACACCGCCGCCUUAUCCUGUGCAAAGACGACAUGUUGCGAUAUGUCGUUGAAAUCGAAGAUUCGGGCGUUUGGAAUAAGGAGAAGGAACCGCAGUUGUUUGUUGUGCCGAGAUGCCACUACGGCUACGUCGAUUCCAAGUGGUACCUGGGCAUGAGGUUACCUGGCACACACAAAAGUUCCCUUUGCUGCUCUUCAGUCCCAGUGACACCUGUAGAUCAGGAGAAGGCGCUACCAUUCUCUCCAACUGUGUCAAUGGCAGUCCCCCUCUGGGCACUCAGCAGAAUGCAAUCUUGCAGCAAUACGAUGGCCCCCAGCCAGCCGAGAACGUCAACGGUGGCACGAGCGCGCCCGACGCACCAGUGCAGCGUUUUUAUUUUUCGUGUCCUCCUCAUAAAGAGGAACCGACGCCAGCCAAAGAACACCUUCUGCCAGCAGGUCCACCACACUCUUGUCAUCAAGGGUCCUCACCUGCAGGAGGAAGCUCGGUGGUGUGGUUGCCUGCGGCACCCCUGUGCUGGGGAAAGUCGCCGCAGUGGGGAGGACAGCGAGCGGCACACCGGCAGUGGAAGCCGAGAGGAGGUUGUUCUGCCUAAGGUAAAGGGAGGGGUGUUCGAGGAUAGUGCAAUCGAACGGUGGUACCUCCUGUGGCGGGCAGAGUAUAUCAUCUGUUUUUACAAGGAAAUCUAUCACAUUAAUCUUCUCAUCUGCGCCCUCCAAUGCCUGUUUGGAAUGACGCGGCGAUACGUUAUUGAGUGUCUUAGCUUGGCAAUUGAGCGAUACAAUGAACCAAACGCCGCCGAGUUGGAGUUUCUCGGUGUUCGCGCGCAGAUGCCUUCGUGGACAAGAACUUGGGCUGCCUUGUGGCGGCCUGUGUUGCAAUUUGCGAUCCUUUCGGCACUUAUUUUGCCCAUGAAGUUUAUGAAGAGCCGCGGGGGAAAGAACGUUUGGAAAUUUCAACUCCUAGCCCUCGGACAGGCUGUGACAUACAUGGUGUUCGCCUUCUGUGAGCUGCUAGGCAGAUGUUACAUUAUGGCGACAGAACCCCUCUUCACAGCAGCGACGAAAAUCCCCAAAGGGGUGGAGCUCACGUGUGUAGUUGGGAGCCAUCUGAUCCUUCCACUCUUCAGCAUCGCCGUCACUGUUCACCUGAGACGCAUUUCGGAGGCUACUAUUGUCGUAAUUUCUGCCGGGUCUGGUUUAGUAACAAUCGUAUUCCUCUCUUUCGUUGGGUGGGAAUUUAAGAUCGCGGCGUUUUUUAUGCUCAGUCGUACCCUCUACGCCCUCUUUUCCAUCAUGCUAGUUAGGGCCUUUGAAAACGUGAGGCGGCAGCUUUUCGCAACACAGGUGCUGCCUUUCCUGAUGUAUUUAUCCACAUUGGCGAACAGCCAGCGUGUGGAAAGCUUAUGUGGUAUCCGACGUGAGAGAGACAACUGUGGCAACCAGCAGGCGCAGGCAAGUUCUUUGCCUUAG